UUUUUUUUUUUUUUGGUCUUUCCCUCUCUCUUUUUUUUUUAAUAUUUUAUUUUAUUUUAUAAUAACUUCAUAUUGACAGAACCCAUGCCAGGGUAAUUUUUUACAUUAUCCCUUGCACUCGCUUCUGUUCCGAUUUUUCCCCUCCCUCCCUCCAUCCCCUCCCCUAGACGGCAAGCAGUCCUAUAUAUGUUAGAUAUGUUGCAGUAUAUCCUAGAUACAAUAUAUGUUUAGCAUUCCUAUUCUCGAAGAGCCCAGAGCACGAAAUGCCGCUGACUCUGCAAACAAUUUCCAGUAAGAGUCAGCGCCAGAUUCCUCUCGCAUUCAUUUCCCCGGAAGUCUCUCCUUCAUUACGAGAGAGAGGUUCUAUUUACUUCCGGUCUUCCUUCUCCUCCUCCUUCUUGAACCCUCCCCUUCCCUGACCGCCUUGCGCGGCGGUGACGUAAUCACGCACGGGUGACCUCCGCCUCCAUCAUGGUCGCGGCAGUAGAUUAGGGUCGUGGGUCGGGCCAGUUGUUUCCUCUGCUGAGGGAUUGUGCCGAGGACCCGCUGUCGCUGCCGCUGCCGCCGCCGCCGCCGCCGCCUCUCCCUCCUCUUCCUCCUCCUCCUUCUCCUCCUCCUUCUUCUCUUCCUCCCCCGGAGCCAGGGCCAGCAUUUUCAUAUUUACCAGAAGAAUAAUCCCCUGGUGCUGGACUUUUGUGGAACUUUGCCAGCUAAUCUAAUGGCAUCUUCUGUUGCUGUGCCUAUAGGAUUUCAUUAUGAAACAAAAUAUGUUGUUCUCAGUUACCUGGGACUCCUUUCAAGGGAGAAGCCCCAACAACAGGAUCCUUUCUCAACUCAAGGCAUCCAUCCGUCUACAUCUUUGAACCAAGAACUUCUAUUGAAAAUUAAGACUGAAAUUGAAGAAGAGCUGAGGUCUCUGAAUGAAGAAAUUUCUGAAGCUCUUACCAGCACAGGCUUUGACUGCCACACCUCUGUAGUAUUCAACCCUGUUAUCCCGGAGAGCUCAAUAGAAGACUGCUUGGCCCAAAUUGGACAGAAGAUGUCAUUGGAACUGCAAGAACGCAUGCAUGAAGCAUUGCAGACUCUGCUCAGUCAGCCAGUGAGCUAUCAGGCAUAUCAGGAAUGUACACUGGACACUGCAGCUCUUGCCAGCGGCUGGAAUAAGGUUUUGGUGCCUCUGAUUCUACUACAGCAAAUGCUGAUGGAGUUGACAAGACGAGGACAGGAUCCCCUUAGUGCAUUGAUACAGUUUGGUGUGACAUAUCUGGAGGACCAUGCUGCAAAUUAUAUAAUUCAGCAAGGCGGAUGGGGCACUGUCUUUAAUCUGGAGUCAGAAGAGGAGGACCCUGGAAUUAUUGCGGAGGACAGCAAUGAUAUUUACAUUCUAACCAGUGACAAUUCUGCACAGGUCACGCCUCCGGAAUCUCCAACUGUGACCACUUCCUGGCAGUCAGAAAGCUUACCUGUUUCUCUGUCAGCAAGCCAGAGCUGGCAUACAGAAAACUUACCAGUGUCUUUGGGGCCUGAGUCCUGGCAACAGAUCGCUAUGGAUCCUGAAGAGGUUAAGAGUUUAGAUAGUAAUGGUGGUGGGGAAGAAAGAAGCGAGAACAACUCUUCUAAUUCUGACAUUGUGCAUGUGGAAAAAGAAGAAAUACCAGAGGGGAUAGAAGGGAUAGUGUCAGCUCCUCUGGCACUACAGGUACAAGAAGGGUUUCAGGGUACCCCUGCCCUCUUGCUUUCAGAUACCACUGCCACUUCCUUGUUAGAGAUGGAACAGGUCACAGAGACUGCCGCUGGUGAAAAAACUAGUCCUGCCACAUCUUCAUUUGUAGAACUUGAGGAAGAGGAAAUCAGAGCAGCAAAGGAGAAGUCGUUUGGACAGCAGGUCCCCAAGCCAUGUCAGCCUUCUUUGACAUCGACCUCCCAAACAGGUGAAGGGGUACCUACCCCAGAGCUGAAGAAAAUAUUGCCUCAGGAGGGAGAGCGAAAAAUAAGGAAGGAGAGCCUCUCCGAAGCCACAUCCCCUGCUGCAGAAGAGAAGCACAUUUUGUUACCAGAGGGCAAAUCUAUCCUGCUUUAUGGUGGUGCUGCUGCUGUCGCCAUGUUGGCAGUGGUGGUUGGAGUGGCUCUGGCAUUGAGAAAGAAAUAGCACAUUGCAUGAGGGCAAGGAAAGCAAAAAGAUGACUACAUUUGGAUUUGGAGUGAAGUUACUGAUAACAAAGUCCGUAAGAUGUGUGUUCUUCCUGUGGAUUCAGACACUGUAAGCAUGAAAGAGAAGGGCUAAUUCAGUGGAAUCUGAAAUGGGAAUUCCUGGGGGGGGCGAAAGAAUUUAGUGGCAGACUACAUAAGCAACUGGCCUGUCUGCUGUUAACCCCCUGAAAUUUCUAGUUUUAUUAAGGUACUGGCUGUUGUUGCAGCCACACAAAUUCAUCCCUUCUCCUUUCCCUACUUCCUCUGUUCUGUAGCAUGAGGGAGCCCUCCCCUUAUGUUUCAGCUGCCUCUCAGGUACUGCACUACUCCUUUUCAUCCCCAAAUUUCUUCUAAAUCCCCAUGGGAGAGUGCUUGCUCUAUACCUCUGCUCUUACCAGUCAAGUCCCCAAAGCUAUCUACAGCUCUGCCUUGUAAAGAUGCUGCCUUUAGAACUCUUAAAAAAAAAAAAAAAACUACCCCCAAACCAGAGAUACCUAGGGUUCCUUAUGCAGUUAAAGUAUAGGGCAAAUCACUGUUGAUCAGAAUGAGAAAUUUCAGUCUUACUUGGAGACCGAGAGUCAGACCUGUUGACUUGCUCUGGUUCCUUUUUAAUAAUCAUUCUGUUCACCUUUCUGGUUGUUUUUCUCAGUGAUGGAAUCAACUCUACUGUCACUGUUCUGUGACUUUGCUUUUUUUCAUUUGCUGAUUGUCUUUUUACUAGAUGUCAAGCUCCUCCUGACAGAUCACAAUCUUUUGUGAUGAGGAUUGCUUAUGGAGCCACCUGACAAUUUGUUAAAUAUAGAAAGUCAUUUAUGUUUUGUUGAAGUCAAUCUAGAAACUCGGGGAACCUGUCAAAUAAAGACUAAGGCCUACUCUGAGGUAUUAAUUUGACUUGAAUAUUCCAAGAUGGUGUCACUAUAAUCUUGGUUUCUUCAUUCUUCCUAUAAAGUGAUAUAAGCCAAAAGGAAAUCAAAGCAGUGGUUCCUAGUCAGUGAAGUUAGUUUUUAUUCAAUACAAUCUCUUUCCCAUCUCUUUGUCAGUGUUUUAAAUUCCUUCCCCAAAGAGGGAUAGAACUAUAUCGUUUCAUGCUUUUAAGGUCACAGUGUCAUUAUGCAGAUGACAUAUGCCAGAUGCAAAAAGUUAUUUCACACUAAAAAGAAAAUGUAAAUCACUUUUUUUGAUUUUGUAAUUUGUAAUAAAAUUAAUUUGAAAAGAUGCCUAUCUAAAACCAAUCACAUAAACCUUCAUGUUUUAUAUGUACUUUAUUUUUGCAUUUCUUUUCAUUUUUAAAAAAUAUUCUUCCUAGAGCAAUACUGUUUCUUAGUGGGCCAAGAAUAUAACCCAAAAUGUGUCUAACUUCUGUCGUUUUAUAGAUGCAAUGUAUUGUCAUUCCUGAAAUUUGCUUAGGGUUUUAUGUUCUCUGAGCUUAAGUGUAACUUAAGAAAUAGCCAGAAUUAACACAAUUAAGAAUGAAUUAAGAACCAGAAAAUUCCUUGAACACUAUUCUUUGAGGUUGUGGCAGUCAGAUUUGGUUUGUGUGCAUUUUAACUUCUGCAUCUUGAGUUUGUCUUUUUAAUCCUAACUCCUCCUGAUGACUUAAAAUAAUGAAGAGGACUGGUUAGUUUAUCUUGACUUUCUUUUUUAAUAGUAAAAUAAAAUUCUCCCUUCUUAAAAUAAUUUAAAACCGUGGGUUUCAAAGCCCAGUGGUUGGUGCUGAAUACAUAAAAGAGGCACUAAUAAAAGCAAGCCCAGGUUUUUGAGCUUUUAAUUAGGGGAAUUUUAUGAGCUGUUUAUUUAUGUGUGCUUGCUUUCUUUUCCUUUCAAGAAAGAGAUAAGAAAGAAGAGGAGCCUAAAAAAGUGAUUAUUUCAGUAACAACAUUAUGGGUUCAUUAUGUUUGCUUUUCCUUCUGUUGGACCCAAGCAGUUUUUUUUUUUUUGCCAAAUUUGUUGCAUAUAUUAAAUUGCAGUUUCCUUGCCCCACCCCUUAACUUCCUAAGACCCUUUUUAGUUCUUGGAUAAGGUGGGAUAGACUUCUUAUGUAUUAAUGUUUCCAUUACCCUUUUGACUCCCUAAAUCAAAAUUAAUAUGAAGAUUUAAGACAAAUUUAAUUGGUUUGUAGAAACCAUCUUUUUAAUAUUUAGACAUCUUUUCUUGUUUACCCUAUUUUUAAAAGGGUGCUCCAUUCUUUGGAAUAUUGAAGAAUAUAUGUUUUUAUCUUCAGUUUUCUAUUGCCGGUUUGGAUGGAAUAUGUAUCUUCUUAAUAAUUUAUUUUAACACUCAGUAAAGAGCCAGGCUAAAAAUAAGAAUUUUAUCCUUUUUUCUGGGCAAACAAGGUUUUCUUCCAUAGAGCCCUUUCCCUGCCAUACUGCAGGAUAUUCUGAGGGUGCUAAAUUAAUAAUAGUUGUUUUUGUUUUAAUGAUAUUUAUGGGGAAAUAGACACUUCGGGAGGGUGGGGGGAGAAAGAGAGAAGGAUAGGAAUACAAGUGUUAAUCAUUUCUUUCACAAAUUUUCCAUACUUAGACAUCUAAAUCCUAGGUAUGUUCUAUGUGCCAUUUAUUUUUAACCCAAUCCUGGUAAAUUCAGUCACUGAUAGGAUAAUUUAUUUUUUUUCCUCUCAGCAGAAUAAGCUAAGGACAUAGUUGUCUUGGUUUCUAUUCUAUGUUCUUUUGCAGAUUUACUCUGACAAAUAAUUUCAUUGGUCUCUCCUCCAGUUUCCUUUUAUAUAAAAUAACUUUAAUAGUUGAUUUUUGUUUAUUUUCUGAAGAUUAUGUGUGAAACAGUAUAAUAGUAUUAUUAAUCUUCAGAGAUUUCUAGGGUUUUCUGUUAGAAACUUUAUAAAAAUUAAAGGUCAUCUUAUAAAAUUUCUAGGGCACCUUUCCCUUAUUCCUUUCUGUGGUAACCAACCUUAUGACUUUCCUCUUCUCAAAUCACCAUGUUUGAAUCUGCAAGAAUGGGAUUUGUUGAUGACAAUUAUCUCAUGACUUUCUGAGACCUUCAAAAAGCAGUUUGGGAGGUUGAGCACUUUUCCACUAGAUUCAUUCUCACAUUAUUGUCCACAAAAAAUCAUAUUUACCCAUAAGAAUUAUCUUAUCAAUUGUUAAUCACCAAAUUCUCAUUUGACAUUAGGAAUUAUAUAUUCUUUUCUUUCUUUUGGAGUGUCAGGCUCCACUUUUCAAUGUGAAAUCCCUCUCUCUCACCCAACACCAUCCAUUCAUGAAAAAAUUGAUCUCUGAUAUAACUGGCCAAUGUUAAUAGACAUACUUUGUUCCAUGUGAGAAUUGCUUUUCCUGUAAGGUUGUGUGCAUGUUCAUGUUCCUGAUUGUAAACUAACACUGAGAUUCAGUUAAUAAGGUGGAAGAAAAGCAAGUGGUAAAGCAUUUUUUCCACAAUUAUUUAAGAUUUUGACCAUAUAUGUCAAAAAUCUAGUAGGAGCAAGAGCCUCUCUCAGAGAUGGAGCUGGAGAACACAUCAGGGGAAUAUGUUCUGUUUUGCUUUCUGAUCUGAAAUUUUGUGUAAUAUCAAGGAGAGAAUUUUUCAUCUAUUAAAAAAAAGAGAGAGAAAGAGAAAUAGAGACUUGAUUUAGAUCCUGCUCACCCUUCUUAUUCUAAAUCUUGUGAUCCCUGAUGUGGUUCAUUGGAAAGACACUAAGAGAUAUCUUAAAAGGUACUAGUGUAAGAUAGUUAUUAUGUUUUUUUAUUAGUUCCCUUGGUUUGUAGAUUACAAAUGAGCUUACAUUAUUAAGUGCUUUUAUAUCUUAGGAGCAAACAGCUUGGGAGAGCAUCAUUCUCCAUCUAUACACAUGUUUUUCAUGUCACUCUAUUCUCCUUUUUGUCCUUAUUCUCAUAAUCCAUAGAUCAACCAAGGACAUCUAUCAACACUGCUUAGCCCAGCUGGAGGCAAUUUGAAGCCUAAAAGUUGCUGCCUACUCUCACAUAAAUAAUUUUAUUUUCUUAACUUAGCCAGUAAAAUUGAGUUAACUAUGUGUUGAGCAAAUGUCUGAUAAUUGUCAGCACUUUGAUAUAAGGUUAAUUCUCUUGCACAAACCUGGGAGGAUGAUAUAUUCUUAGGUAAUCAAGUCUUCCUAGACAUUCUGUAGUUCAUCUAGGACUAAAUAUCAUCCAAGAACUAUAGAAAGAUAAAAGGAUGAAUUGUGCUUAAAGGUGAAUACCUACUACUUAGAAGCCAAAACUUAAAAUUGCUUUAUAAUAUCAUUAUUUAAAGAUAGAUAAUUAAUUAGAUAUUUUCAUAAGGGACUUAUUCCUAUCUCAUCUGAAGAGCCAAUCUAUCCUAUGAGUCUUAAAAGUGGUUAAAAUAUAUCUUGUAAUUCCCUUUUAAGACUAAUAAUAGGUGACCCUGGCCUAAGCCAGAUGGCAAUUGUCCAUAAGUGGAAACCACUGGAUCCCUAUGUUUACACUACAUACAGCCACAGUCAUGUAGCUUGUCAAUAUGUAGAGAGCUCAGGUUGAAAUUAUGCUCAGGGAUGUCUAGGCAAGAAGGCUUAAGACAAAAUUUUCCCCCCAUUGUUUCACUAGAGCGAAAGGGAAAAUUUAUGGUUAGUAUUCAUCAUUAAUUCCCUCUGCAGUACAGAGAAAAAAAUUAACUUUCCAAAAAAAAAGCAUUUUCUAUUUAGAGUACAAUUGUUAGGUAUCUAGCUUGUUACCUGCCUUUCGGAGGUGCAAGAAGGAAAAUUGGUAUGUCAUUUUGUUAACUAGUAUAAUUGUUCCUGGAACUUUCUAGCAGAAGUAUCGCUUAUUUGUAGGGAAUUUUUUGGUCAGCAUUGACAGAAAUAAUCCUUUCCUGCUCUGUGCUUUGCUGCUGUUUUCUUUACUUUUUACUCUUCCUUCAGAUUAAGUGCCUCACUUUCUGCCUAAUGAGUUUCCUAACUGGUUUUAUCUUCAUUAUAUUCUCUUCUAAAAAAUACUAGGAUUCAAUGAAUUCAGAGUUUUACAAUCUUGUUUGCUUUUUUCCUGUUUAUAGCCACAGUCUUCAUUCAGAUUAUUCCAAUAUCUGCUUUAUCCACCUUAUAGGUGGUUUGUUAUUUUCUUCUUCCUCCCCGUUGCCUGUCUUUUGGUCAUUUUACCCCUUCUGAAACACAAAAUGAAAAAAACAAAAUAAAAUCUGUUGGUUUUGUGGGUGAACAGGUUGAGACUAAUGAUCACCUGAAGUUUUGGGAACAUCUCUCAAUUUCUAUUACCCAUAGAGAUUUGCAGCACUACACCCUACUCAGUGCAAAUUGUUUGUGCUAACAAAGCCAGACUCUGGGAAGUGCUCCUCUACCUGCUUGAGAUUUCAGGUAAGAACUGUUUAGCAAUGAUGAUAGUCAAGUUGGGGAAAAGAUAAGAUCUAUAGUGAUUUAUCAUUUUAUAUCAUCGUGUUGCUUCCAGAAACCCAACAUCUUUUGAGGAAAGAGUUUUUUGUCCUUUUUACAGGAGAAACAAAAUAAACAAUUCUAUGAGUUUGAUAAAACCAACUUUCUUUUAUCCAUAUUUGCAUCAUCCAUGGCCAAUUUAAUAUUUUCCAAAUUCAUCUGAGUGACCUGCUGUCAUCUGGUAUGAACUCAGUUCUUAAAAAUUAAUUUUAAUGUAGUGUAACUCUUCUCUAAUGGUAGUUGGGAACAAGACUAAUAACUGAUAACAGUCUCAUGUUGCAUUAGGUUUUUAUUAUGUACCUGUUUUAUAGAUCUACUUAUGUCUGUGUAAUAAUUGUAUUUGGUGUUUGAAUCCUACUCCUCAUUUAACUGAAACAAAAAAUAUUGGGAAGCAAAGUCUACCAUUGUUGUAAAAAGUCUGGAUUGCUUGCCCUUUUGAAUUAUCUAAGUCACUGCCUUGACUAUCAUUGGCAAUUUAUUGUUGACAACUUAUAUAUUGUUUUUUUGCUGAAAAUUUUUCCCAUCCUCCCCCAAUUGAGAAACUUGAUGUAUUGAUGUGUUAUGCAUAAAAAUGAACAAAACAUGUGAACGGCUAGAUUCCCUCAUAUUAAUAUAUAUUUUUUAUCAAUGACUUGUUCAUGGGGACUUAAUUUUUUAAACUGAAAGAUGCAACCCUUAAUUUGACUUUCUGUGUCUUUGUCCUCAACUUGGUGGUACCAUCGUGCUGUAUUCAUCUUAGAAUCCAUUUGCUGAAUCCAACCAGAGCUGAAGAUGGGUACUUUUCUCCCACAACUUUCUAGCUCUUCAGCUUCAUUUGAGUCCUGAAGAAACCUCUGUUGCCUUAAGUUCUUUAAUUUUAUGUUCCUAAAGGAGGUUCCCAAUUUGAGAGCAGAAAGUGGAAUUUCUGAGUUCGUGAAAUGUUUUUCUUACAGUUGCCAUAAAUCACAACUCCAUUUGAAGAUAAGGGAACUGAAGUUCACAGAGGUAGUGACAUGAAACAGACAGUGACAGCUCUGGCUCUAAGCACAGCACUCUUUCCACUUGUGUCUGUACUUGCUGCUGAUCUCUAUUUUGUUGGUCACAUAUUUUGUUACUAGACUUUGGAAGUGACCUUCCUGUUUGCUUGGUUUGCAAACCACUAAGGUUUUGGUUUGACUUCAACUUACUGCAUAUUCUUAAUAACUGUUAGAUUGGGACCUAGUCCUUUUUAAAAAAAAUAUUGUUUAAUAUUGUGAUGUACCAAACAAAAAAAAAAGUAUUCCCUUUUUUUUUUUUUUUUUGAUAAUUAAAACUAAUGAUCCACCAAAAAAAAAAAAAAAAAAAGGCAUGUGUGGUUUUUGAUGAAAUCCAUUUCUUUAUAAGAUACAUUCUUUGUUCAUGUACCUUUCCAAUGACAGUAAUUACAUUCAAAACUAAAACCUUAUCAGCUUUUCUUGGAUACUGAAAAAAAUCCAUUGGGUGGAUUAGACUAUUUAGAAGGCACAAACUGGAUUCAUGUUCAUUCUCACCUUCAAAGAAGAAUCAUUGUCAUCCUUGCCGACUCAGUGCCUGGGACUGUGAGUGAGAAUUUGUAAACUGGCAUGACUGUGAAAUAGAGAGGGUUUUAUAGGUUUCUACCAACAAUUUGCCUAUUUCCUAAUUCUGAAGCUAUUAGAAUAGUUUAUUACUGGGAUUGCCUUGGAAUGCAGGUUAGGAAAAAAGGGGAAGAUGAUCCUCAAUUUUUCUUUGAUCAUUCUUGCCUGAUAACAGGCUUUUUAGCGAUUUUAUGUAUUAGCUGGGUAUGUAGAAAAUGGGAGAGCUGAUAAUGUGGCUCAAAAUCAGAAUAUAUAAAAAAACAUUGAGUAGUAUGUGCUACACAGUAUGUGGUCUGCAACACCUUCCAGGAGAUUCUUGUCAUUUUGAACAGUUCAACAUAGGACAAAGUCUUGGUUUUUUGAAGCCAGCAUAGUCAAUCUAGAGAAAAUGUAGUUAUUAACUAGGCCAGAGGCCUUUAAAUAGCCAUUUUUAUCUAUGAUCAUCUGUUUUCACUUAAUUCUGAUUGAAGUUUGGUAUUAAUGACCCAUGCAGCUGUGGCUUACUCUGUUGUUUGAGUGCAGCACUUUAAAGCUCAAAACCUUUAGUGCCAUUUGGUUUUAUAAACAGGAAGAAUAUUUACUUCUUCAGUGUUAAGAAAUUUUCUCUACCCCCUAGUGGAAUAUAUUUAGUUUCGAAGGGGUACAUACCUCUUUCCUUCAAUUUUCCUUUUCCUUUAGAUGGAAUACUGCUUGCUGUAAGACCUUACCCUAAGGAUGCACUUUAAUAAACAAUAAAAUUCUUUUUUAAAGUGUG